CCAGUUCUACCCCGGUAGCGACUCUUCUGCGCUCAACGCUUCUGCGCGCGUUUUUUGGGUAUCAUGUUGGAACUUCUCGCAUACCUUCAGGACUCGGAGCUCGUUGCCCGGUUCCAGAGAUGCUGUGGGCUGUACCUGAUCCGAGAAGGAGCCGAAUCACAUCACAACAUGAGCCGGAACCAAACGUGCAGAACAGGAACUGCGCAUAAAGACGAAGCAUGUGGACAACCGCGCCAAAGAUUUGACAACAACUCCAAUGCGGAAUAUAAAGAGAAUGGACACUGCGUUAAAAAUGGGAGAAGACCUGAGUACGAGGUGAGGACUCCUCUGCUGCACCUGCUCUUCCUCUUCUCCUCGGGUCUGGGACAUGAGGUCUUCUACAUCAGCUGUCUGCCCUGGCUCCACUGGAACCUCGACCCAUUCCUAUGCAGACGCCUGGUCAACAUGUGGACAGUGGUGAUGUAUGUGGGGCAAGUGCUGAAGGACCUGCUGAAGUUGCCCCGCCCCCUCUCACCCCCUGUGGUCAAACUGGAGAAACGAGUCGUAGCUGAAUAUGGACUUCCUUCCACCCACGCCAUGGCCGCCACUGCGAUCUCAUUCACAUUCCUAUACAGCGCCCCCUCCAGGAUACAGUUCCCGUUCGAGGUGGGCUUGAUCAUCGCGGUGACGCUCUCUUCUCUCGUCUGUCUCAGCCGCAUCUACACCGGCAUGCACUCUGUACUGGAUGUCAUCUGCGGACUCUUCAUCUCCUCUUGUAUUUUGUUCGUCACCUAUCCGUUCUGGGACACUUUCGACCACUACCAGCUCACCAGCCCCUUCUCCCCUGUGUUUGGUAUAAGCCUCCCCCUCCUCCUCAGCUACACCUACCCCAAACUGGACCACUAUAGUACUACCCGCGGGGACACUACCACUAUCUUGGGCGUCUGUGCGGGUUGCUCUGUUGGUUACUGGUUUAAUGUACAACUUGGAGAGACAUUUGAACCGAAAGAAGCAUUACCAGUGCCUCUACCUGAAAUUACCACAACCUCCUUCACCUAUGGAACUGUACGAUUUGUAUUAGGUGUGCUAGCAUUGGUAGGGACAAGGCAGUUGGUUAAAAUGUUUAGUUUACAUGUUCUAUAUUGGAUCUACAAAGUGCCAAAAUCAGACCUAAAUGCGAGAAAAAGGAAAGAAAUUGAGGUGCCAUAUAAGUUUGUGACAUAUACCUCAGUGGGAUUGGUGAAUUCUAUACUGGUCAAUAGAGCUUUUGUUUACAUGGGACUACUAUGACCAUAAUACCAGGCUCUUAAAGAGAAUUGAUACUUUGCAGUGACAUUGCACUGGGGGUGUUCUACAUGUACGAGUAUGGCGGAAUGUUCAGUGGUUACCAUGAUGCACAGUGCACAUAUUAGCAAACACUGCCAAAAGCGUUUUAAGAUCAUUUGAGAACUCAUAAAGAAAAACUGAACUGUUGUGACUGAAAUGCUACUUGAGAAGGACUUGUUCAACAGCACAAAUCAGCUCAGGUGCUGUAGUUUCAACCAAGUCAGUUUGUGUAACAAACAAAGUUCAGAUUAAGUCUAACUUGAGUAACAGCCUCUAACAGAGUAGUGCUUUUGGUUAGCAUCACACCCACAGGGAAUUCUGAUGACAGCAGCUGCAAAGUACCAAUAAUGAAGUACCUUAUGUUUUAUUUAUUUCAGUGUAUUUUUAUGUAAUCUGUUUUUUCACUAUACAGUAUUCAUUAAAGAGUUAUCUGUUUUUGUUACUUACUUAGUUACAUAACUAUUGAUCUAUUAGACAAAUAUUAAAAUAUGAAAGUCAAAAUUACAGGGUUGUGCAAUGCAAACAAUUGUAGUUGUGAUUGUGUCCAGUCAUUUCUAAUGGUCAGCGAUCAGUGUGGGGUUUUUAAAUGGAGAGGUCUACAGCCGUCAGUAAAGGCGGAAGUUCAGACUUUAAAAGGAACAUGUGACUAUUUGUGCUAUGAUUAAAAGUCUGCAUUGUUUUUGUUCAGGAAAUGAAUAUUGAAAGAAAAUUAUUAUUAAAUUAACACAUUUUAUUGAUCAAUUGAUUGAUCAAUUUCAGGGAAUCUUGUAUUACUGUUUGGCCAUA